GGGAGAAGGGGGAGAGGACACUUGUGCUGUGGCCUCUGUUUGCAGGGGGAGUGGGUUCACACCCAGGAGCUGCCACGCUCCUCAGUCACAGCCUCUGAGUGCUUCCAGGAUGUUUUCCCUGUGCACCCAGAGAUGUGCAAGCUCGCUGCUGCUGAUGGUGCUGCUGUGCUGCAUCCUUUCUGCCCCAGCACAAGCCAGCAAGAGCUCAGAGGACAUCCGCUGCAAGUGCAUCUGUCCCCCGUACCGCAACAUCAGUGGGCACAUCUACAACAAGAACGUGUCACAGAAGGACUGCAACUGCCUGCACGUUGUGGAGCCAAUGCCAGUGCCCGGGAACGAUGUGGAGGCCUAUUGCCUGCUGUGUGAGUGCAAGUACGAGGAGCGCAGCACCACCACCAUCAAGGUGAUCAUCAUCAUUUACCUGUCAGUGGUGGGGGCACUGCUGCUCUACAUGGCUUUCCUUGUGCUGGUGGACCCUCUGAUCAGGAAGCCAGAUGCUUACACCCAGCCCCUGCACAACGAGGAGGAGAAUGAGGAUGCUCGCUCCAUGGCCGCAGCCCCCACCCCAGCUGGUGCCAGAGCCAACACGGUGCUGGAGCGGGUGGAGGGGGCCCAGCAGCGCUGGAAGCGCCAGGUGCAGGAGCAGAGGAAGACGGUUUUCGACCGCCACAAGAUGCUGAGUUAAGAGCUGUGCUUAAGAUCUUCCCAAGAGCCAGGGGAGGGACAGCAAGUCAUCCCUCAGGACGUCGUGCUGGUGGACUGAAAGCUCAAACCUUCUCUGAUUUACUGUCCUCGUAGAGAGAAGCAGAACAAAAUGCUCAUCUCUGGUUUUGUCCCCUUGCCCUUCACCUCUCAGCCCAGAAGCUCCUUUGUCCUUCUGCCCACAUCUGACACAGGGCUCUUGCUCCAGGGCCUGGGAAGCUGCCUGAGUCUUCCUGGGAUAAAAAUAGUGGGAUAAGUCAUGUGACAUUUCUCCAGGAUGAAGAAGCCUCUCCCUCCUCCUCCUCCUCCUCCAGUCUGCACCAACGUUCCUUGGGCAUUGUGGUGCUGAGACAAGAGUGUUGUGCUGGAAGGGAGGUGGGAGCUACCUGCCAGUGCUCAGCUGCUGCCUGCACUUAACCCUGGUGUCAGCAGGGUGGAUUUCCACUCAGUGGAGUCUGCCCAGACUUCCACCACCAUAACUGGGAUUGCAGAUCAUUUCUGUGUAGGUGGCUAUCACAGAGUGAUCAAGGGACCAACAGGUAAAAGGGUGAUUCAUUUCUGUCUUUUCCUGCUUUAGCAGCCAAUAAAAACACAGUGGGGAAAAACCUUUCCCUUUGUACCCAUGCUGCUAACCCUUGAUGCUCUCACAGUGGGGCCAGGAGAGUUUUGGUCCUGUGUGAAUGCUCCUCUGGGUCUGGGGACCCUGGCAAGGGGACACUUGUGCUUCUCAGAACACUCCAGGAGCUCUGGCUGUUACUGGGCUGUGUGGAGGAAGCCAAAGUGAUUCUGCAAUGUCUAUAUUGAUCUCACUGAGAGCAUUUACAGUGUCGGGAAGGUGCUGGAGUUCAUCAUGUAGCAUCUCGGUAUUAAAUGCAGACAAAGAUA